AUGCCGGACAAAGUCUCCGGGUAUGUCGCGAAUAUCAUCUCGGCGGGCCUUGCCGAGGGCGCUCGUCCGACUGGAGCCACGAGGGUGAAGCUGUUGGAGAAUGCGCGCGCGCUGGUCUAUGCGUUGGAGACGCCCCGGGAGGCUCUUGCUAGGUAUAGCUGGGCUGAGAGCUCCACAUACGCUGCUAUUCAGAUCGCUAGCAAUUGUCGUGUUUUCAAAGAUCUAUCUGAUGAUGACACGCCUAAGAGCGCGGUUCAGCUGGCUGAGGCGUGCGGUGCGGAUCCGUCCAUGCUUUCCCGCAUUUUGAAACACCUGGCUGCGAUGGGCGCGAUCGAAGAGGUCGGGCCCCACGAGUAUCGUCGGACAGGUUUCACACAGGCGAUGUGUUCUACGCGCUUUAGCGACUCUUUCCAGUGCAUGGCUGACUGCAUCACCGCGGGGGUCCUCGCCCUCCCGGCGCAUCUGAAAAAGAGGGAUCACCAGAACCCGGCAGAUGGGCAGCACUGCGCGUUCCAAGACGGGUAUAAGACGAAAUUGGGCUUCUUCGACUAUUUGAAGGCGCACUCUACCACCGGGAAGCAGUUUAAUCGCUUCAUGUCUGUUUGCAGGAAAGGCCGGGCCAGCUGGAUGGAUUUUUAUCCUGCUGAAAGACUGUUUGAUGGUUUAGACAUUCAUGAGAGCCGCCCGCUAUUUGUGGAUAUCGGCGGUGGACUGGGCCACGAUAUCAUGGAGUUCCAUGGCAGGUUUCCGGAUGUGCCGGGGAGGCUGGUCUUGCAGGAUUUGCCCGAGGUGUUGGAGGAGGCGAAGAAGCGUGUGCCCUCGAAGAUCGAGCUGGUGCCGCAUGACAUGUUUAAGAUGCAGCCGAUUAAGUGCGCUCGUGUGUACUACCUGCACCACAUCCUCCAUGACUGGCCUGAUGAUAGGGCUCGCGCCAUACUCUGGAAUCUGAUCCCGGCGCUGGAAAUCGGGUUUAGCAAGGUUUUGAUUCAUGAGUACGUCAUACCCACGACAGACGCGCAUUGGGAGAGCACCAGUUUGGACAUGGUCAUGAUGGCAACGUUUGGGGCGAGGGAGCGCUCUGAGGGGCGUUGGCGUAAGAACAUCGAGACGUGUGGAUUGAAGAUCGUGAAGAUCUGGACGAUCAACAAUGCGACGGAGAGCUUGAUUGAGUGUGAGGUACCGCGAAAGGGUACUUAG